CUCUCUCUCUUUCUAUCUCCUGAGAUUUACAAUUGUUUCCAAUCAUCAUAAUAUAAAGACGGCACCUUUAGCUCUAUCUUCACUCACUCACUCACUCACUCACCUCUAUUGAAUGGAUAAACAAUUGAUUUGUACUCUAAUUAUAUCUCCAAUCUAACUCAGAUCCGCCGGCCUCAAUAUUUUCGAUUCGGUUUCUUCACAGGCCAUAUUGUACUGAAUAGUUGUGAGUGGUAUUUCUUCACAGACUCAAAAUCCUCUGUAACACGACUAUUUUUGAGGUAGUAGUUUCACCCCAACAAGAAAAAAGGGAAAAAACUUUGGGUGGUUGGAGAGGCGGAGGCCUAAGUAUUAGUGAAUCAACAUAAAUGUCGAGGGGACGGCCAGAUGGAGCACAAAAGAAGCGGUUGUUGACUAUUAUAUUUGCUGUGGCUCUGUUUCUUGUUUUUCUAUAUGUCUACCAUGGCUCUAAGAAUACCGGGGAGUCUGCGUUAGAGUAUGGGAGCCGGUCUUUGAGAAAGCUGGGGUCUUCUUACUUGGGUGGAGAUGAAGAUUCCGAUCUUGGUAGUAAGCAAGAUGAAGCCAAGUUUGGGCUAGAUGACAGUGAGGAUGGUAUCACUCCCAGGAGCUUCCCUGUCUGUGAUGAUCGCCAUUCGGAGUUGAUUCCCUGUCUGGACAGAAAUCUUAUUUACCAAAUGAGAUUGAAACUGGACCUAUCAUUAAUGGAGCACUAUGAGAGGCACUGUCCGUUACCUGAGAGGCGGUUCAAUUGUUUGAUUCCUCCUCCUCCCGGGUACAAGGUCCCGAUUAAGUGGCCGACUAGCAGAGAUGAGGUUUGGAAAGCUAAUAUACCUCACACUCACCUUGCACACGAGAAGUCGGACCAGAACUGGAUGGUUGUUAAAGGCGAUAAGAUUCGUUUUCCAGGAGGAGGCACCCACUUUCAUUACGGAGCAGAUAAAUAUAUCGCGCACUUAGCAAAUAUGCUCAACUUUUCAAACAAUGUAUUGAACAAUGAAGGAAGAUUGCGCACAGUUUUUGACGUUGGAUGUGGUGUGGCAAGUUUUGGUGGUUACCUACUUGCAUCCGAUAUCCUUACCAUGUCGCUUGCUCCUAACGAUGUGCACCAAAAUCAAAUCCAAUUUGCUCUGGAGAGAGGGAUACCUGCAUAUCUAGGUGUUCUUGGGACGAAGAGGCUUCCUUAUCCAAGUAGGUCUUUCGAACUCGCUCACUGUUCUCGUUGUAGAAUCGAUUGGCUACAGAGGGAUGGGAUCCUUCUCCUUGAAUUAGAUCGGGUGCUUAGACCAGGAGGCUAUUUCGCCUACUCGUCUCCUGAAGCUUAUGCUCAGGACGAAGAGGAUCUGAGAAUAUGGAAGGAGAUGAGUGCCCUAGUCGAGCGCAUGUGUUGGAGAAUCGCGGUUAAGAAAAACCAAACUGUCAUCUGGCAGAAGCCAUUGAGUAAUGAUUGCUAUUUGGAGAGAGAACCCGGUACUCAGCCACCUCUCUGCCGUUCUGAUGACGACCCUGAUGCUGUCGGGAGUGUGCUGAUGGAGGCAUGCAUUACUCCUUAUUCUGACCAUGAUCACAAAACGAAAGGUAGCGGACUGGCACCAUGGCCUGCUCGAUUAACUACUCCCCCUCCACGCCUUGCUGAUUUUGGCUAUUCGAGUGAUAUGUUUGAGAAGGACAUGGAACUAUGGAGGCGGAGGGUUGACAACUACUGGAGUCUCUUGAGCCCGAAGAUCUCAUCUGACACUAUCAGGAAUGUGAUGGACAUGAAAGCGAAUUUGGGGUCUUUUGCUGCUGCCUUGAAAGACAAGGAUGUGUGGGUGAUGAAUGUGGUAGAUGUUGAUGGACCCAAAACGCUUAAGAUUGUCUAUGACAGAGGCUUGAUCGGUUCAGUUCAUAACUGGUGUGAGGCCUUCUCUACAUACCCGAGAACCUAUGAUUUGCUCCACGCGUGGAAUGUACUCUCAGACAUCAAGAAGAAGGGUUGCAGUGGCGAGGAUCUACUGCUUGAGAUGGACCGCAUUCUAAGGCCCACCGGAUUUGCCAUUUUCCGGGACAGGCAGCCAGUCAUCGACUUUGUGAAGAAAUAUCUGGGCGCGUUGCACUGGGAAGCAGUGGCGACUGGAGAGGCCAGUCAGGACGAUGGAGACGAGGUCGUUUUUAUCAUCCAGAAGAAGCUGUGGCUGACAAGUGAGAGCUUCAGAGAUGUAGAGUAAGCUGCUGUGGUUGGUUGAUGUGCUAUUGUUAUACUUGUUCAACAUAUUCUUGGGAUUAAAGAAGCAUUUCCCCAAGAAGUAAAGGGAAAUUCAUUUUUCUCUUCCAUUUCUUUUUCUUUUUGCCCCUUUUUGUGCUAAUUUAUGCUUUAGUGGACUAUGCAUUAAGUAAUUUUAUUUAUAGGCAAUAUUUAUUGUGUUUUUGUAAAAUUAAGAUUUUGGGGAACCAUAGAUGCUACUCAGAAUAAUUUACUAGCCAAAUAUUUAUGUCAUGAUUUAUAUUUACGCGUUUCCUCA